AUGAAAGAGGAAUAUGAUUGCAAAUGCAUUAAAAUUGUGGGACACCUUGAAGCGGUAAAAUGGCUUCUAUCGCCACGAUUAUACAAACCUAGCACUGGGCCGCUUGCAUUAGGAGAUUGGAAAGAAAAUCCUCAUAUUUGGCUGUAUUACGUCGAGAGCGCAGAUGGUUUACUCUUGGAUGACGACGUGCUUAGAUCCACAGAUACUCGUUAUUGGUCCAUCCAUGAUGUACAGCGUUACUUUCUCGGUGAAUUGCACUGCGAUCAAGUCCUGUUCACAUAUCAGUAUCCAAGUCUCAAACUACCCACUCACUUGGGCACCUACUUGUGGAAAGCUAAUACGGCUCUUAAAAUAUCCCCAAAAUUGUUUAUGAAAGAAUUGCACAUAUCCAUAGAAGAAACAUUAAAGGACAACUUACAAUUAGUUUCGUUUGAAAACCUAUGUUGUACACGACUAGAAGGCGUGCGACUUAUUCAACAACUGGCCUGCUUCGCAGCAAAAACGCUCAAAUAUCUUUUCCUCUGGCGUUUUGUUUUACCAAAUGAAAAUCCUUUGCUGAUUAACUACAGCUAUAUAUCGGUAUUAAAUGUGAAAUUUACCUCGCAAACUUUUUUAAACAUCUGUGUUGUUGACCUGGGUGAUGUCAACGUUGCUAUGACAAUAACAAUAGCUGCAUUAAAAAUGACUACGGACGAAGAUAAAUGCAAAAUAGCAAAAUUAUUACAAGGAAUUGAGGUUCCAGAAAUUAAAACACCGGAAAGGAGUCUCGGACUGGUCAAGGAGAUACAAGAGAAAUAUGGUAAAGAAGUAGAGGAAGAAGUUUUGGAAAGCGAAACGUAUGAAAAUCCGUACAUUCCUGACAAACAGCUAUUAGAAGAAAAUGAAAGAAAGCUGAAGGCACUAUUAGCAGAGAGCAAACGCGCAAAAAAGGAAAUGAAAUCGGAGAACAUUAUAUCGACGGUCGCGGACCCAAAGAGACCCUGGCGGAUCCAUUCAAAUAAAGAGAAGCUAUUGCGUAUCGAUAGCGAACUGAAGCAACACAAAGAAAAGUCCACAAAUGCUAUCAAACCAAUGGAAGAGAAUGACAUGAAAGACUUGAUUAAGAAAUGUCAAGAAGAAGCACUUACCGCACCUCGUGUUGGUCAAGACAAGUUAAGAGAAACCGUUGAUGAAGCACGCAGAUGUUUACCGAACUUUCAAUAUAAAAAGAUAGAGAACUCCACAGCGACCGCCAUUCUACCCGAAGCGCAUUCAAAUGCAACAACACCACAAAGUGUCGUGGAAUAUUAA